UUAGAAACACUGACACACACAUACACAGCACACACCUCCUAUCUGGAAAUGAGGAAUCGCAACCUGCGCCCAUCACAGCUACAUACACUCUCACAAUGACACCGUCAUACACGGGGCACACACAUAAGGACCAGGGGUACACAGUGAUACAUUUGCACUGACACAUAUGCUGACAAUGUGACACUGAGCUAUCAGGACAGCAGCAUGCACACAGAAACAUACAUAGAUACAUAGCACAGAUCUGCUGCUCUAGAGAUAAACAAAUCAUUAGGCAUUCUACCAGCAGCACGAGCACCGAGAGAUACACACUUUCAUGUAUGAGCACGCACACGCAGACACACACAUCCGGACGCACAGAUCAUCACACAGAUACAGGCACAUCUGUAUUUGCAGAGACAUAGACACAAAUGCCCAAAGGAUAGGACCAGCACUCGCAGAUGAGGACACAGACACGUGCCCCUAUAGAUGGAUAUAAAUGCACACAUAGACUGACAUUCACAUAUAUAUUUAUAUACCUGGGCACCCAUAGUCAGCCUGUCGUUUCCAGAUCUUCAUAGAGGAUGCGCGAGUGAAGUCACCAUGGCUGCCAUGUAUGGGACCAGGCCUUACUGCGACUGGGUGUAGUAUCCGAUUUGUUACCUUUUCGAUUUCUCUACCGCUAUUGCCUCUGUGGUGUCUGUGCACCCGAACUUUGAUCUCUGGUCAUAUGACUGUGGCCUGAUUCCUGCGCAGUCUAAAUGAGAUCCCAGCUGCUGGACACUGAUAUGGAUUAUGAGCGUCCCAACGUUGAGACAAUAAAAUGCGUGGUGGUUGGAGACAAUGCUGUUGGUAAAACGCGCCUGAUCUGCGCACGAGCAUGUAAUGCCACCUUGACACAGUAUCAGCUCCUUGCCACACAUGUGCCAACUGUAUGGGCUAUAGAUCAGUACCGGGUGUGCCAAGAGGUGCUGGAGCGGUCGCGGGAUGUUGUGGAUGAUGUCAGCGUCUCACUAAGGCUUUGGGACACAUUUGGCGACCACCAUAAAGAUAGACGGUUUGCUUAUGGAAGGUCAGACGUGGUUGUUCUCUGUUUUUCAAUUGCUCACCCAAACUCCCUCCAGCAUGUCCAAACUAUGUGGUACCCAGAGAUCAAGCACUUUUGCCCUCGUGCACCGGUUAUAUUGGUUGGAUGCCAGCUGGACCUACGCUACGCAGAUCUGGAGGCUGUGAACCGUGCGAGACGCCCUCUAGCCAGGCCAAUCCGCGCACAGGAGAUUUUGCCACCUGAAAAAGGUCGUGAAGUAGCCAAAGAACUGGGCAUUCCAUACUAUGAGACCAGUGUGGUGGCUCAAUGUGGUAUCAAGGAGGUUUUUGAUAAUGCCAUUCGUUCAGCACUCAUCUCUCGCCGUCACCUACAGUUUUGGAAAUCACAUUUGCGAAGUGUGCGCAAACCUCUACCACAGGCCCCUUUCCUCCCACCUCGCCCUCCUCCCCCUGUUAUCAUAGUGCCCGAUCCCCCAGCACAGAGUGAUGAUCAUCCUGGACAUCUUUUGGAAGAGCCAUCUUGUGCCGAUGUUGUGCUAGUGGUCCAGGAAAGGAUUCGUAUUUAUGCCCACCGCAUCUACCUCUCUACUGCCUCCUCCAAAUUUUGUGACCUUUUCCUCCUAGAGGAUGGAGAUUCACCUUCCCAAGUCAGGGACCCUCUGCUGCGUGCCUCAAGCUUUGAUGCGUGCGAGAGCUCUGGGGAAACUGAGGGAGGAGGACUGCGAACCUCAGCCAGUGACGGCACACUGGGUAGGGAAGUGGACCGAGACUUGUCAGGAUGGAGUAGGGCUUUUGAAAGCAUCAGAAGUGGUGUUCUAGAGGAGCUCCCCGGCUACAGAGCCAGAAGGGUAACUGUGGUAAAGAUGGACAGCUCAGUGAGGCCAGGACCAUUCAGGGCCGUGCUGAAAUAUCUGUACACUGGGCGACUGGAUGAAAGAGAGCCCGAGCUGAUGGAGGUGGCCCACAUCGCAGAACUCCUGGAAGUGUUUGAUUUGCGUAUGAUGGUAGCAAAUAUUCUGAAUCGAGAGGCCUUUAUGAACCAGGAGAUCACCAGAGCUUUCCAUGUCAGAAGGAGUAAUCGCAUCAAGGAAUGCCUGACAAAGGGGAUCUUCUCUGAUGUCACAUUUGUGUUGGAUGAUGGGAGUAUUAAGGCGCAUAAGCCGCUGCUCAUCUCAGGCUGUGACUGGAUGGCGGCUAUGUUUGGAGGCCCCUUUCUGGAGAGCAGCACCACUGAGGUUGUAGUCCCUUACACCACUAGGGGCAGCAUGCGUGCAGUGCUGGAGUAUCUGUACACAGGACAGUUCACUGCCGGACCCAACCUUGACUCACUGGAUCUUAUUAUUCUGGCAAACAGGCUUUGCCUGCCACACCUGGUGGCACUGACUGAGAAACACACAGUGUCAGUCAUGAUGGAUUCUACUCUCAAUAAUAAGGAUAUAGACGGCGAGGCUCUAAUGUUAUUGGAAGCUGCUCAGUUCCACGGAGCACCGCAGCUGGCAGCCUGGUGUUUACAUCACAUCUCUACAAACUACAACCGUGUGUGCCGGAAAUUCCCCCGAGACAUCAAGCUGGUAUCAGCAGAGAAUCAGCAGACGCUGGAGGUCCAGCGCUGGCCGCCUGUCUGGUACCUGAAGGAAGAGGAUCACUUCCAGAGAGCACAGAGAGAACGUGAGAAGGAGACAGCCCUGCACCAGAAGAGACAGCCCAAAAGACGCUGGCUGUUCUGGAACAGCUCCAGUGCAGGUUCCUCUACAUCCACUUCUACCCCCUCCUCUGCUCUGGGCUGAGACAUGGUACCGUGUCUCCAUAACCUUUCUCCAGCAGCUUUCUGCACUGGGCUAAGACAUGGUACUGUGCCUCCAUAACCCCUAUCAGGCAUCUUUCUGCACUGGGCUGAGACAUAGUACAGUGACUCCAUAACCCCUAUCUGGCAUCUUUCUGCACUGGGCUGAGAUAUGGUACUGUGCCUCCAUAACCCCUAUCUGGCAUCUUUCUGCACUGGGCUGAGACAUAGUACAGUGACUCCAUAACCCCUAUCUGGCAUCUUUCUGCACUGGGCUGAGACAUAGUACAGUGACUCCAUAACCCCUAUCUGGCAUCUUUCUGCACUGGGCUGAGAUAUGGUACUGUGCCUCCAUAACCCCUAUCUGGCAUCUUUCUGCACUGGGCUGAGACAUAGUACAGUGACUCCAUAACCCCUAUCUGGCAUCUUUCUGCACUGGGCUGAGAUAUGGUACUGUGCCUCCAUAACCCCUAUCUGGCAUCUUUCUGCACUGGGCUGAGACAUGGUACUGUGCCUCCAUAACCCCUAUCUGGCAUCUUUCUGCACUGGGCUGAGACAUGGUACUGUGCCUCCAUAACCCCUAUCUGGCAUCUUUCUGCACUGGGCUGAGACAUGGUACUAUGCCUCCAUAAUCCCUAUCUGGCAUCUUUCUGCACUGGGCUGAGACAUGGUACUGUGCCUCCAUAACCCCUAUCUGGCAGCUAUAUGUGCACGCAAUGUAACUGCGUGUGUAUGGGUCUCGUACUUAUGUCAUUCUCAGUGACCGUGUACAACUGUUUUGCCUGAAUCCUGAAUAUAACUGUGAAAUGACAAAUCAUAUCCAGGUUCUUGUACAAUAUCUGGUAUCUGUAGGUAAAAUGCCUUACCAAUGCAAGCCCCUGCCACCCUACCAUUAUUAUCCUAUCAUUCUCUUUCUCCCUGGUCCAAAUAAACCCCUUCUUUUUAAUUGGCACUGCUAGAACAUCUGAAAGAAAUGUAACAACAAAUGUUAAUGUAAUAAAAUAGUUGUUAUUGUAGCGUGUUCCCAGUGGUGGGUGCACGUAGCUCUGCUGGUCCUGGGGAUUGGUCUACUAGUGGUUCAGGGGUUUAGACAGAUGACACAAAAAUACUUUUCGUCAACUUGCUUUAAGUAGAAACCCAGAAUUCUGUUCACUAUUGUUCUUCUUCUGCGGAUGUGAUUCCUGUGCUUCUUGCUUUUUUGGGGACUUUUCAGCCCCAGUAUGUCUAAUAGUUACCUAGGCCCAAAGAUCAAAGGCCCAAGGCUAAUGGUGGCAUUUCCUGCAUGUUUCUCAGUGUCGUUGUUUUACAGCAGAAGUAGGCAGCUUAUUUCUCACCAGCUGUUGUGGAACUCUUGGUACCAUCAUGUCCUGCUAUCUUGUGACUGGCAGAGCGUGCUGGAUAUUGUAGUUCUUCAGAAUCUGGAGUGGAACUGGUUUGCUUAUCUCUGUUUUAGUCUUCGUACUUAAAUGCUGAGAAAUACAGGGUUUUGUGCACUCCUCUCAUAGGUGCAUAUCUUUGUAAAUACGUGUACAUAUGAAUAAGUGUGCAAAUUAUUACCGUAAGUGCAAAGUGUGGCUGUGUAUGCUACAUACUGACGGGAUGUCUUUGUUUCGACAAAUUACCUAGACUGCAUUUACCUACGGACAGAGACAUUGGCACUUAUUAUAUCACCCUUAUUGUUCAUUGAACCCAGAAUUUGUUUUUGCCAGGUUGGUAGCAUGUACAGAUCUUGGGCCGGAUGUAAUGAAGUCCGAGUUGGCCGGAGGUGUGGGUCCCGGCCGAACCCAGAUGUUUUUUAAGGCGGCAUUCAUGUACAAGUCAAAACCGCACCACAUAGGGUGUGGUUAUUCAUAGAAAGGAGCAGAAUUGUGCUAGUGGGUGGAGCACACCGUGACUCCUCCCACUACCUUUAAUAGCUCAUCGUAGAAUCCACGAUUUCUACUCAACUAAACCUCUCCUCAGGGGCCACAGCUGUCCCAAUUGUGCCUGGUGCUCCCGAGUCCUGGGGAGCCCAUAUGUAGCCACCUACCACUCUGCUUUACACAUCACCUCCAGACCAGAAACCUCUUUAUAAAAAUGGCUAUAAGGUCAUGGUAUUCAAUUUUAUGGAUUGUUUAAUCACCCAGACUCCUAUUUCCUACCUUGACUACUGUCAGGUUAGUGAGCGGUGUACUGGCAUUGUGGCAUCUCUGUGACAGUCUUAUGGGAUCUUUAUACAAUAUAAGCACCUCUCUGAUCAUAGCUCUGAAUGGGCCUGGAAACCUCCAUGCACACGUUGUGCUAAGAUGUUUCAAAUGUGGCAUGUAACCUUAUCUUUCUGAUAUGGAGGAAACUCUGUGCGAACAGAUGGAGGGUAUCGUUGUGCAGUGAGGUGUUCUUUCCAUUACCUGGGAUGGGGACUGUAUGUAGAGUAUGGAACCCGGCUUACAAUUUCCAUCAGGGAGUGUGUUUCUCCAGCUGCCCCACUACGUGCACCAAUCAGAGACCUUUAUGUAAAAUGUUUCCAUAUUCAAUAGAAUCCCUUGGUGGAGAAGUUUGUUGUAGAACUCUCCUUGCAGUAAAAAGGCCACUGAUACAUACAUACCAUUUAAGGGGUGGUCUUCAGUAUGCCGACUGAUGGGAUCCCGGCGCACAGUAUACCGACGCCGGGAUCCCGACAGCCGGCAUACCGACACUUAUUCUCCCUCGUGGGAGUCCACGACCCCCCCUGGAGGGAGAAUAAAAUAGCCGUAGCGUGGCGAGCGCAGCGAGCCCGCAAGGGGCUCAUUUGUGCUCGCCACACUGUCGGUAAGCCGGCGGUCGGGCUCCCGGCGCCGGUAUGCUGGUCGCCGGGAGCCCGACCGCCGGCAUACCGUAGUGAACCCCAUUUAAGGUAUGAACACAGAUUCCAUUGUUACGUUCAACAUUCAAUAGUCACACACCAAAACCAGAAGAUGGCAUUAGACAGGCACACCUAGGAUGAAAUGUUCAUAAAUAUAAUUAUUAUGAAACACUGCAAUUUAUCUGAAGACAAAAAAAAAAAUAUUAUAAAAAAUGAAUAAACGCUAAAACACUUGGGCCGGAAUGUAAUGAAGUCCGAGUUCAGCGGCAUUGUGGGAUGCCGGCUGAACUCAGAUGUGUUUUUUUUAAAAGGGCAAUUAUUUACAAGGCAUGGUUUAGCCUUGUAAAUGAUGGCCCCUUUAAAAAAAGUCCCAGUUCGCCCGUCAUCCCGCACGGCCGCUAAACUCGAACUUCAUUACAUCCCGCCCCUUAAAGUCAAGCUGAGUGCAUACGUGAAUUUAACACUAAACUAUUAUAUGCACAUCAGAUCCAAUGAAAACUUCAGUUAUAAUAUCAAACACAAUAUAAUACUGUUAAUUUUAAUAUUUCAAUACAAUCACUAAGCCACAAAGUGCUAUAACUAUGUUUAUGUGUAAUGCAAUAUGGGAAUGGCAACCCUGUAUGCAGCUAGGUGGCAGCACUAAACUAGUUACACAUUUCUAGAAUCUCAGCGGUCGCUGACUACUAUGCUGAGAAAAAAUAAAGUUAUGUGGCUGUGCUUUGGUCAUUUGAUCAUGUUGCUAAUAUUUGAAAUUAUACUUUAAAUUGUGGUGUAGCAUCCAAUCCUUACAGGACAGUUUAUAUACAGUAUGCACCCAGAAUGACUUGAAUGUAACAGACAUUCUGUUAAUUAUGGAAGCAUGCGGUGAGGAAAAACUAGUAAAUAAUUUUCACAGUAAAGAGUAGUGCAGGUCGUCUUGCUCGCUUUAUUUUAUUUAAUAAAUAUUUUAUUACAGAGGUCAGAAUACAUAUAUUUUUAAUACUGGGUAGCGUCAGGUUGAUAACUAACGCUGUUCACAUACACUCCAAUUUUGCCCUCAGCCUUAGAUAUAACGGUCUAUAAAUCAUAGCAAAAAAGGGCCUAAAAGGCCACUAACCCAAUAUCACUGCCAUCCAUCAGGGGUUGGUCAGGACGGAGAGUAAAUCAGGUCACACCUUAUUUCCCUGGAUGGAGGAUUAGUGUAUCCACCUUAAUGGUGCAAUGUGUAUCCAGCCACUCGCCCCAAGACACUACUGUAUAUAGGGGUAAUAUAGGGGUACUACAAAAUCUCUCUGAAACUGUCUGCUGGAUGGCAGAGCUGAGAGGCCACAUCAUCCAUCAAUCUUAACACUGUUUUGGUUGUCACAGUGUAUGUGGCAGUGGAUUUUUAGCAUCAUGUAAUGAAGAUAUUGUCAUACAUAUAUUCAUAGGUGUCGGAACAGAGGAGGCAAGGGGGCAGCUCGCAAACACCCCUACCCCAAACAUUUGAGAGGCGCCAGUCAAUGUACUGGGUCACAGUGUCAAGAUAGAGAUAAUCCUCUUUUUUGCAGCUGCACCUCCUCUCUCCCCACAGCCCUUCUCCAACCACCUCCAGGGCCCUUGUCCCUCCCCUCUCCCCCCCCCCCCCCCCUGCACCCAUCUCCAGCCACUACAGUGUGUGACUGGUUACUAUGGUGUGGCGGUAACACCAAGUGCCCCUGAGGUCAACAUUAAGCUGUUUAGGGGCACAAAGAUUAAAUUAUAUCUUGGCCCCCCAACCUAAAAACAUUGUGGCGCUCCUACAUAUAUUGAAUAUAAUCAUCUUUCAGCAAUUCUGCUUGAUUUAAAUCUCUUUGACUCACUUUGUGACAAAAAUCAUGUCCUGUCAGUAUGUGCAGGUCUGCAUACGGAACGCUCUGUGCGCCACAAUCAGAGUUUGGCAGAAAUGCAUGUUGGGGCUUUUUUUGGGCCGCAACUUGCUCUUUGUUUAAAUACUCAUGGAGGCACGCAGACGCAGCCAAAGUACAGUAAGGGCGUGUCGUGGGGCAGCCAAAAGCCUUGCAGGUGACUAAUGAUGAUGAUGACUCCAGAACACAUCUGAUUCAUCAGUUACGUCUAAGUCACAUUCAUUAAUACAAGUGAAGUUAAAGCACUGCAACAAAAGCAAGAUUACAUUGCACUGAAUUCUCAUUGUACAAAACUAAUGUUUUCUACUCGGUUUGGGAAGGGGAACGCUGUCAUUAUGUUUAUUAGUGUUGACUUAAAAAAAGAUUAAACUUUAAUAUUUGCGUCUUGUUCGUUUAGCGACCAGCUUGGUUACUUAUUACUGUAAUGUGUCUGCAUUGGGUACUGUGAUUUUUAGCAUCUUUUGUGCUCACUGUUGAGCCAGCUCCUAUUGUAUUUCUAGCACACUGGCUCCUAUUACUUGCAUGGGGAAGGAGCCACAUUUGCUACAUACAGAAUUGGUUGUAUUUCACGUAUGUGGUCCGUUCAGAAAAGGCCACAAAAAUUUUACUUUUCUCUGUGGACGCAUUUUGCGAUUCAUUUGCAUCCAGCCCAUACACUUGUGAGAUAAUCGGUGCUAACCUUCCAUUUCGACCGCAUCUGUGAGAGAAAUCGAAGGAUUGCAUGCACAUUUUAGGUACCUUUAGGACCGGGCACGCCGGUCGAAUCUCACGUCUCAAGAUAGUAUGUGCUGCACUUAAUAUUUAUCGAAUCGCACGAUCGCAGGUGUUUUUAAAAACAUGCUAUAUAUCGCACUGCGAUCUGCGAUGGGCACCCGCCGGGAGCGGCCAGAGACCGCUCCCACUCGGCAGUGACGUGCCCAUCACGUGAUUACCAUGUGAUCUAUUGCAUGAUCGCAUGGUAAUCACUUUGGCAGUUCAGGUGCAAUUUCAUCGUACCUGAACUGCCGGUGCGAUGCCCCGCGAUGUCGCGUCACAGGGCAUCACACAAGUGUAUGGGCACCAUAAGGUCCAGUAUUUGGAAGAUAAAGCUGGAGGGUGUAGAAUAGCAGUAUAGCUAUGUGUAUUGAUGUUAUAGUAUAUAUACCCCCCUAUGGGUCUAUGGCUGCUGUACCGAGUGGGAUGCUGCUUUCUGUAAUAAAGCUCUCUGUAUAUUUCGGGCUACCUGUACUGAUAUUUCUGUUUACGGAAAAGUAAUGUUUCAUUUUUGUAAUAAAACUUUCAAACUGUG